AUGAGACUUCUGCCCGCCACGCUGCUGGUGGGAGCUGCUUCGGCAGCAGCCCCUCCCUUGCAACAGGUCAUGGGCAUCCACCGCGAGCAGGUUGAGGACCUGACUAAGCAGGGCUCCAACAUUAUCGAGGAUUGGGCCAAGCAGGGCUCCAACGCCUUUGAAGACUGGGCCAAGAAGGGCUCCGAUGCCAUCUCCAAGCCAUUCCAGAAGCUCAAGGAUGACUUUAGCACUCUCUCGGAUGAGGCCCGUGGGCUGUGGGAAGAGGUUGCUAACCAAUUCCCCAACACCAUGGAUCAUGCCCCCAUGCUUUCCCUUCCCAAGAAGCACACCCGCCGUCCUGACUCCCACUGGGACCACGUUGUCCGUGGCAAGGAUGUGCAGAAUAUCUGGGUCUCCGGUGCUGACGGCACCAAGGAGCGUGAGAUUGGCGGCAGACUCGAGGCUUACGACCUUCGCGUCAAGAAGGUGGACCCCAGCGCUCUGGGUGUGGAUCCCAACGUCAAGCAGUACAGUGGGUAUCUUGAUGACAACGAUAACGACAAGCACUUGUUUUACUGGUUCUUCGAGUCACGUAAUGACCCUGAGAACGACCCCGUCGUCCUCUGGUUGAACGGCGGCCCCGGCUGCUCUUCCCUGACCGGUCUCUUCAUGGAGCUCGGACCUAGCUCUGUGGACAGCAAGAUCAAGCUUGUCUACAAUGAGUACUCUUGGAACUCCAAUGCCUCUGUUAUUUUCCUGGACCAGCCCGUCAACGUUGGCUACUCCUACAGUGGCAGCAGUGUCAGCGACACUGUUGCUGCCGGCAAGGAUGUCUACGCUCUGCUAUCCCUGUUCUUCAAGCAGUUCCCUGAGUAUACCAAGCAAGACUUCCACAUUGCUGGCGAGUCCUACGCUGGCCACUAUAUCCCUGUCUUCGCUUCUGAGAUCCUGUCCCACAAGAACCGCAACAUUAACCUAAAGUCCGUACUUAUUGGCAAUGGUCUGACCGAUGGCCUGACCCAGUACGAGUACUACCGCCCCAUGGCUUGCGGUGACGGUGGUUACCCAGCUGUCUUGGAUGAGGCUUCCUGCCAGUCCAUGGAUAACGCUCUGCCCCGCUGUCUGUCCAUGAUCCAAUCCUGCUACGAUAGCGAGAGCUCCUGGGUCUGUGUUCCCGCCUCCAUCUAUUGCAACAACGCUCUGCUGGCUCCUUACCAGCGGACUGGCCAGAACGUCUACGACGUCCGCAGCAAGUGCGAGGACUCCUCUAACCUGUGCUACAAGGGCAUGGGCUACGUGUCCGAGUACCUCAACCAGGCGAGCGUGCGUGAAGCCCUUGGUGCUGAAGUCGACGGCUAUGACUCGUGCAACUUCGACAUCAACCGCAACUUCCUCUUCCACGGUGACUGGAUGAAGCCCUACCACCGUCUGGUGCCUGGUCUGAUUGAGCAGAUUCCCGUGCUCAUCUACGCUGGUGAUGCCGACUUCAUCUGCAACUGGCUCGGCAACAAGGCCUGGACCGAGGCGCUUGAGUGGCCCGGCCAGAAGCAGUUUGCCAAGAAGGAGCUGGAGGAUAUUGUCAUCGAGCAGAAUGAGCACGUUGGCAAGAAGAUUGGCCAGGUCAAGUCCCACGGCAACUUCACCUUCAUGCGUCUGUAUGGCGGUGGCCACAUGGUUCCCAUGGACCAGCCCGAGUCUAGCCUGGAGUUCUUCAACCGCUGGCUGGGUGGUGAGUGGUUCUAA